GUCCAUAUGUCACUUUUGUAAACAAGCCGCGGUCUCUCGCACUCGCGCACGUUGUUGAUUAAAAUGGCCAAAUUUAAACGGAAACUUCCAAAACCGGUAAAUAAACCCACGGCAACCAUAGAUGACAACGACAGCGGAUCCGACUACGAAGUGGAGAGAGUGCUUAAACCCAGCCAGCCAGUGAAAACGGUUCAAGAAGAAUUUCCGCUGCCAAAAAAGCUUCGCCAGCAGGUAGUCCAUCCAAAACAUUUGGACCCAAACGAAGAGCAGGAUUCGUCCUCUGAAGAGGAAUCAUCCGAAGAUGACGACGAUGGCCGGGGGCUACCUACACUUACUAAAGCACAAAUCUCGGAAAUUCUGAAAACCAUCAAAAAUAACAAGCGGCUGGUACUGAACGUGUCGAAUGUAAACUUUUCGACAGCCAAAGAAGAGAUCGAAGAACACUUCCGGCAAGCUGGACGGGUGCGAGGAGUUCGGAUACCGAAACGACGUGCCUCCGGUUUUGCCUUUGUCGAAAUGUUAGAUCCAGAUGGUUUCCAGCGCGCCUUCCUGCUAGACAACAGCUUCCUAGACGGUCGGCAGAUUCGAGUUCGGCUAUCGGAGAGUGGUCACAAAAAGUCGCAUAACAAAAUUCUGGAACUGGAACGGAAAAAUGCCGAAAUACGUAAGAUGCGCAAGAAGAAUCGGGUUAAACCGGAGGCCACCAAGGUGUCCCUGGCUCCGGAAAUGCCACAGACCAGCAAGGUCGUCGAACGGGAUCCGAUUCUGGACAAACCGAAAACCAAACCACCCACCAAGAAGCAAAUCAAGGAACAUAACAAACGGGUUUCGAUGAAGGCCAAAUUUAGAAACUGGGAAAAGAAGGGAAUAAAGGUUUAGUUGUUGGUCUGAACAAA